AACUGCGAUUCUUUUUUCGGAGGAUUCUUACUACAGUCAGUCGACAUUGGAGAGAGAGAGAGAGAGAGAGAGAGAGAGAGAGAGAGAGAGAGAAACAAGGAAGGAAGGGAUUUGGACUAGGACUAGAGAAGGAAGGAAGGAAGGAAGGAAAUCGUCUCUUCAUUUCUGGCAUUGAGUGCCACAGACAUACAGGUAGGUAGGUAGGUAAACAAACCCCACCCCCUCGCAUGUCAGUCCUUACUCCCUCGUCGUCUCCGGCUUUGCCGACCAAUGCCACCACUCCUCCGUCGCCUAUCAAUCCCAUCUCCCCAACGAAUGCUCCUCCUCAUCCUCCUCCCCCUCCCCCUCCUCCAUCUUCUGCUAAUCCGUUGUUAAUUGCGCUUGGUGUUGGAAUCGGAAUUGGGGGAUUGUUUGUGCUUCUCGCGGUAGGCAUUUUCGUCCUCUUUUACAAGCGAAGAAAGAAACGUCGUCGAGCUUUGUCCGCUUUCUCUCCCAACACUCGUCCGGAUGGACAGUUUGAUGGCACUAAGGAGAAUGCACACCAUUCCACUCUCCCACCACUGUCAUCGGUUGCCAUCAACAUGGACUCGGAUAAGUUAAGCACACAGAUCAUCUUUACCUACGAAGAAUUGGCAAAGGCAACAGAUACUUUUUCGUCUUUGAAUCUUCUUGGUGAAGGUGGUUUCGGUUAUGUACACAAAGGAGUUCUCUCAAACGGCAACGAGAUAGCGGUUAAGCAAUUAAAGACUGGCAGUGGGCAAGGGGAGCGUGAAUUUCAAGCCGAAGUCGCCAUAAUCAGUAGUGUACAUCACAGACAUCUUGUUUCUCUGGUAGGAUACUGCAUUUCUGGAGAGAAGAGAUUGUUGGUCUAUGAAUUUGUGCCUAACAAGACCUUGGAGUUCCAUCUUCAUGGAAAGGGAAGACCUCCACUACGCUGGGAAACUCGGAUGAAAAUUGCUCUGGGUUCUGCCCGAGGAGUGGCAUAUUUGCACGAAGAUUGCCAUCCAAAGAUUAUACACCGUGACAUAAAGGCUUCAAAUAUACUUCUAGAGGACACCUUUGAGGCAAAGGUAGCUGAUUUUGGUCUAGCGAGGUUAACUCUUGAUACUGAUACUCAUGUAUCCACUCGUGUCAUGGGAACUUUCGGGUAUUUAGCUCCGGAGUAUGCUCUUACUGGUAAAUUGACAGAGAAGUCUGAUAACUUCUCUUUUGGGGUCAUGCUUCUGGAGUUGAUUACUGGCCGUAGACCCAUAGACAAAGUCCAGUUUCUGGAUGAUAACAUUGUUGACUGGGCAAGGCCUUUGCUUGGUGAAGCGCUUGAAAAUGGAAAUUUUGAUAGUCUUGCCGAUCCAAGGUUAAUGAGAGAUUAUGACUCCACAGAGAUGACUCGGAUGGUCGCUUGUGCUGCUGCUUCUGUGCGCCAUUUGGCUAGAAGGCGGCCAAGAAUGAGCCAGAUUGUGAGAGCCUUGGAAGGAAAGAUACCCGUGCAUGAUCUGAACGAAUUUGUUAGACCUGGAGAUAGCUCGGAUAUCUACAAUGGAAGUGUGGAUUAUGAGAGCGCUGAAUACAAAAAAGAGUUGGAGAAGUUCAGAAAGUUGGCGCUGGAAACUCAGCAGUACGAUGCUAGCCAGUGCAGCAUUCUUACUGCGAGUGAGAAUAAUCUCCACCGGUCUGGGUCGAGCAGUGGCCAGCCCACUACUCAGGGGACCGGAAGCUUCAGUCUCGAAGAAAGUCAACUCAAUCGAGACAAGAAUAUUAGAGAGAUCAAAUCACAGUUUGCUGAAAAAGACGAACAACUACAGUGACUUAAUAAUUAUAAAGGUAUGUUUUGAUUGUAGAGUGUUAUUUUUGGCUCAGAUUUUUCCUUCUUCUUCUAUUUUUUGGGGGGUUUUCUUUUUGCAGCAUGAAGUUGGUUAGAAUGAUGAUAUGAAGAAGAAUUUUAGAUAAAUAUUUGUAAUUUGAUGAA